AGCUGGGAGUGCUGAUCAUACUGACUGGAGUCAUCUCUGAGGCACAGAGGAGCAAUGAACUGAUUUCUUAUUUUAAUAGAUGAAUAUAUUCCUCAUUUUUUAACCUCAGCAUGGAGUGAUAUGGGAUUCAGUGAAAGGCUACAAUGGACACCCUGCCAAUAGGCUGGACUGUGCACACCUGUGACCACGAGGGAGACAGGGAAGGACUGGUGAAGGAGGAUCCCAACACACAUGUCCAUGAUCUGUUUCAUGAAGAUGCAAAGGGCUUGCAGCAGCAUAGCCAGCCAUGGUGGAGGAUCAAACUGUUUGGGUGGGAUCCAGUGCUCUUCGGUACCUGGGAUGGCGUUUUCACCACCUGCAUGAUCAACAUCUUCGGUGUGGUGCUAUUCCUAUGUACCGGCUACCUGGUGGGGAACACAGGCGUGCUGCUCGGGAUGGUCCUAGUCUCCUCUGUUGUGGUGGUUGCUUUAGUGACGGUGAUGUCAGGGAUCGGAGUGUGUGAGCACUGUGGUAUUGGGAGUGGAGGCAUCUACUCCAUGAUCUCCACCGUCCUGGGCGGCAGGGUCGGGGGCACUGUGGGUCUCCUUUAUGUGUUUGGACAGUGUGUAGCUGGAGCCAUGUACAUCACAGGUUUCUCUGAGUCUGUGGCAGAGGUGUUCAGUCUACAGAGCCAGUGGGCGGUGCGUGGAAUGUCAGCGGCAGUGCUGCUGGCACUGCUUGGAAUUAACUUGGCUGGUGUCAAGUGGAUUGUCAGACUCCAGCUGCUGCUGCUGGCUGUGCUGGCCGUGUCCACGCUGGACUUUGUCAUAGGCACCUUCACACACCUUGACCCAGAACAUGGAUUCAUUGGUUAUUCAGCCGGGCUGCUCAGCAGCAACACAAUGCCAGAUUACAGCCCAGGAGAAAACUUCUUCACUGUCUUUGGGGUCUUCUUCCCUGCUGCUACAGGGGUUAUGGCAGGCUUCAACAUGAGCUCAGACCUUCAGCGGCCUGAACACAACAUCCCUGUGGGAACGCUGGCAGCUGUCUUCACCUCGUGGUUCCUGUAUCUGGUCUUUGUCUUCCUUCUGGGGGCCGUCUGUACCAGAGAAGCUCUGCGCUAUGACUUCUUGAUAGCAGAAAAGGUCUCCUUGGUAGGCUUCCUCUUUCUGCUGGGCCUCUACAUCUCCUCCCUGGCUUCCUGCAUGGGCGGCCUGUACGGAGCACCCAGGAUCCUCCAGUGCAUCGCUCAAGAGAGGGUCAUCCCCGCUCUGGCCUUCCUGGGAAGAGGGCGAGGCCCAAACAGGACUCCGGUGGCAGCCAUCUGUCUGACCAGCCUGCUGACCUCGGCCUUCAUUUUCAUCGGUCGGGUCAACGUGCUGGCCCCCAUCGUCACCAUAAACUUCAUGCUCACCUACAGCUUCAUCGACUACUCCUACUUCAGUGUGGCCAUGACCUACCAGCUGCAGACUAAAGACAAGAGGGACACCCUCAUCCCGGCCAAAAAAACCCAGCGUGGGUCAAUCAGGCAAAGCGCUAGGCCUCUGAUCGAGGCCACUCUCCCAAGCUACGGGAGCGGAGGCAAGAGUCCGCAGGGCAAAGGCACCCUGUUGGAGUUCACUAGGGACAUGGACCAGAUCUUUCCCCCUGCGUCAAAUAUUGAUGCUGGGGCUGAGAGGAUGUCCUCCGUGCAGGAGCUGAGCAGUAGACGCAGAGGCAGACAGGCGAAUGUAACUACCAAGCAGAAACUGAUGGACAGCUUUGGCUUGGACCUAAACAGCAAUAUGUUCUCAGAGGAGAAAGGAGAGGAGAUUAGUUCAGCUCCACCAUGUGAGGACGCUGAGGUGCAGUGUGGACGUGGGAAUCCCACGGCUGGAGAAGAACUACAUGUUGACAGCUAUUCAAAAAUACACCAUGCUGAGCUGGAUUCAUCUGCUGACCCUCACAAUCACAGCACAGGUGCUGGAGAUAAAGCAGAUCACCAGAGCUUUGAGAUCAAAAGCAUGCAGGAUUCAUUGUAUGCUAAGUUCUGCAAUCACUGGGUUGCUCUUAUCGGGGCAUUGGGCUCCAUAUUGAUCAUGUUUGUUAUUCAGUGGGUGUAUGCCUUGGCAAACAUAGUGGUCGCCUUGCUGCUCUUCAUCUACAUCGGGAGAACAAGUCCUGGACUACCACUAGGUAUGGCAGCUCGGUUCAGCUUUUUCUCGUGGCUCAAAUCAACAUUGAAUAGCAUUUUCAGGAGGAAAGGAGCUCCUCGGGAUGAGAUCGUAGUCACCCCCUCUCUGUCCGUGGUCGGGCUGAAAACCAAGCAGCUGACAGAGGAAAAUGCUGACUUUGCCUCUCGUCACCGCUAUCACCAAUCCUCAUUCAUCAGGGCCAGCAAGCUGGUGCAACCACCACUCCACUGACGGACUUAAAGGCUGCCUCUGUUACAUGUCACAGCUGUCAGCCUGAAACCACAUUUUCUGCCUCAAACUGUGUCUCAUAUGCACACACAUAUAUUUAACAGACAUUCAGUGGCUCAGAUCAUUUUUCUUGAUAGAAGUAAACUGAAUUAUAACAUAAUUUAUUUUGUCUUAAUAUCAUUUAUGGCUUGAACUUUGAAGUAUCACAAUCUUUGUAAAACAUUUUUGUUGUUAGAUCACUGCACUGCUGGGUCACUUCCAAGAAGUCCGGGCUUAAAUAUCAUGUG